GGGCCAGAUAAAUUCGGGGCCCCGGGCCCGGGGUCUCUGACAGACUCCUCGGCCUCCGGACCCCAGAGAUCCCCAAGCCGCGGAGAGGAGCCCGAGUCCAGACGCGGCAGCGGCAUGUCCCGAGCCGGAGUCGCCCCGGUCCUCCUCGCCGUCCCGCUCCUGAUGCUGGCGCUGGCCCCCGUCCGAGGAUCACCCCUGCACGGGCCCGGGCGCUGCCGCUGCCUGGAGAACAGCAGCAAAUUCAUCCAUCCAAACGCUCUGGCAAAACUAGAAUUUCUUCCCAAGAGCAGCUCCUGCAGCAACAAUGAAGUCAUUGCCACGCUGAAGAAAUCCAAGGAGGAGAUUUGCCUCAACCCAGAUUCUCGGAAUGUGAAGAAGCUGCUGGACACCAUUCUGAAGAAAAAUCAGUCCCUCCACAAGAAAAAUCCAAAUAAAGGGAAGAAGCAGAAACAUCUCUUCCGCCUGCCCAAGGCCAAGCCAUCUCCGGGCUCCAGAGCCGAGCCGAAACGUCACCUGUAAACGACGAAUGGAUCUGGAAGCGCGUCUGUCGGCCGCUGUAAUUUGAGGUGGUAAACAUUGUGAUGAAGGUUCACACAAUGGAAGUUAGUUCCUCCGGCUUCUCGUCUCCUCACCUUUUCUACCCCUCUCAUUCUCAUAAUCUCCAUAAUCUCCGUAGCUGCGCAACCAUAUUCAACCGUGCUCAUAUAGAAGACUUAAGCUGAAAAUCUACAGCUCAUUAGAACCUCAACGUGUAAGCCUCCAGUUCUUUGAAAUGCUUCAGGAAUUAUUAAACAGAUGCUGAAUAGAAAA